CCGAAACCCUAACUUUCUCCUCUGCCGGUUAUAAGUAUGACGACAUAGUCACCAUCUCCUAUCAGCUUUCGUCCUCAGCCUGUGCGUUCAUAUUGAUGUGCGGAGCUGGGAAUGAGUUCAUGGGGUUGAUUUUAAUUUUAAUUUAUUUUGUUAUUUCAUUCCUUUGAAGCUUCGCUAUCUGGUUGGCGAAAUAUUGCAGUUUUCGCCCAACUCGUUCCCUAGAAGCUAUAUUGACCUGUGUUGCUCUGGUUCUUAAUCAUAUGAAUGUCCAUCAUUGUCUCUCUGCGGUUGGACCACGCUAGGGCAUCAAUAUUCGGAUCUGUUUAUACUAAUUAAUUAUCCGUGAUGGUUUUGCUAUGGGAAGAAGAAUCGAUGAUGAUCUCUACAGACCUGUAAUGAUGUGCGAGGAUGAUCGCAACUCUUUAUGAACAUCUAAGGGACUGAGCUGUUUUUCUUCUUAUUCAAUCCCAAUCGUUAAUUAUGCAUGCUUAUCUGAAUUUUGAAACUCAGCUUUGAAUUGUUUUUGUUGGUUCAUUCCGAUUUUGAUGAAGAACCGAAUCUGUCGAAGCUAAGAUUGACAAGGUUUCCCUCGCUAUCCAGUGUUUGCAUUGAGCAUUUGGACGUUGGGAAACUACAUUUUCUUUUUAAAUUUUGGAUCUAUUUUUCCUCUCAUAAGAACGAUUUUCAUAUUCAAUAUCAAUUUCUUUUCAAAAUUACAUCUGCCGUAGCAAUGAAUCCAUUUGUUUCUGAGUUUGAGAAUCCAGUUCUUCAGAAUUGGGAGAUGGAAUUGCGAAUUCAUAAGCGAAAGAGGCCUUCAUAAUCCCAAAUAAGCCUUUAAUGUCUAUUUGAUUCAUGGGAGGCCCAAAUUAAGUAAUUGGGGGUUUCGCUGAUGACGCCCUUCUAUUCUUUCCUAAUAACGGCGUUUACUAGUUGCCUUUACCAUACAUAUUUCUUCCCUUUGCUUGCCUUUGUUGUGCCAAUUUUGCUUGGGUUUGGCUUUUCUGAAUGAAAUUCUAUACUAAAUUUAUGAACCAGCUCCCGCUAUUGAAUAAUUCUGUCCAAGGCAAUAAAUUAGAGUCUCUAGAACUCCUUGCAAUGGUGUUUAUAGCGCUGUACGUUGCCAAUAAUAAAAUAGGUGCAAACAGCUCUUGCGCUUCUUAUAUUGAAGUGUAUGCUUGUAUAUGUUCCCACAUGUUCUUUAUGGGUUUUGUCAAUGAUCAAAAUUAAGAAAUUCCUACUUUCAUGUGUAAGCUGGAAUCCCUUCUCAUUAACAGAAAUAGAUUCUAAUUGCCGUAAACAAUUACCCAAAUACUAGCAAUAAUUUAUUAUGAGGUUUGUAACACAAAUGUAAAUUUAUAUUCCCCUCAGUUCCAAAAUUAUCUUCAUAGUUACUAUUUACAUGGUCAAUUCAAAUUACUCUUCAAACUUUUACUUUAUAUAUCAAAUUUUUAUCAAAUUUAAAAUUUCUUGAUCAGUCAUCGUAGCGGAUUUAAUGUAGUUUCUGAAUAUGUAAAUUUAAUUUACUCAAAAUAAUUUGAGUGCGAACACGGAUCAAGUUGUUUAUCGUCAGUCAAACAUCGUAAGCCGAACUAUGAAGAUAAAUAUGAGAUCGAACUACGAAGAUAAAUAUGAGAUGGAGGGAGUAAUAUAGGAAGACAUGGGAUGUUUACUUGGAUUGUUGCUGCUUGCUUUUGGGUCAAGGUAUCUGUCACGCUAGGAUACGUACGUCCCAUGAAUAAUCGGAAGAGUAUCCAUGAGGAUUUAAGGGUUUAUGGGCCAAAUCUCAUUGGGUUAUUAAAUUAACCUAACAAUAGUAAAUACUGUCAUGUUACUAUCUUACUACAAAAAGAAAAAACAUAACAGUCAUAUAUUGGAAUUGCAAAAUAUGUUUACUCAUUAUGAGAAGUUUCCCUCAUUUUAAUUACAUCGUUACUUUUAUUAUUAAUUUAUUAUGCAUCCAUUUUUGCCAAUAUCUUUUUCAUGAAUAGUUAUAAUUCAAAAAUUCAAACAUUCUAAUAUAUAAAUAAAAUUGGAUUUUUUUUGAAGGGGUUUCAAUUAUACUAUCGAAAUGAAACUUACAAAAAUAUGACUAAAACAGUUACCAUCGUAUUAUCUCAUAGUCAUUUAAAUGUGAAAAUUAACAUAAGUUAUUGCUACGGUAUCAACACUUAGCAUGUCCCAUUUUAGUAGACUAUUUAUUUUAAUCUUAUAUACUUGGUAUGCAAUUUUUUCUUAUUUUUUGUUUUUCUUUCAAACUUAUUCUAAAAAAAGAUGAAAUAUGUAAAAAGAAAAAUAAUCAUGAGAUCUUAAUUUUACCAUUUAAAUCUACUUAAAAAGAAUUUUAAAUCUACAAAGCUCAAUAUCGAAAUCUUCAAAUUUUUCUAGUGUAUUUGGUUAUAUGAGUUAGCUAAAAUGUAUUCAUACUUUUAUGAAUUCAGGAGUAUAUUUUAGUACCCAAUUUAUUUUGGUAAUAUGCACAUCACUUGUCCCAAAGACGCAAAUUAUACCAUGCAACCGGCGCACCAUGAGAAUGGUGCUUCCGGUUGCAAAAUGACGCAGCUUGCUCCCUCCUCCCCCUUUUUUUUUGCUUUUGUUGUUAAAAAAUGAUAAUAACUUUUUUAUUUUUGAUCCGAUUUUUAUAAAAUUUAUAUCAACAUUUUUUAUUUUUCAUGAUCUUUCAAAUGAGACCAAUAUUUCUUAUGUAAUUUUAAGAAAUUAUCGAACUAUUAUAUUAAUGAGUAUUGGAUUAUAAGGAAAAUCGAAUCUGUUUGGGAGAUGAUAGGUUUGUGAAAUAGAAGAUCGAAUCUGUUUGGGAGUGGAUCAAUGGCCUCAGUUACAUUUGAUAAUACAUUGAGUUACAUCUUUUUAUUAGCGAGUUACAUCUUUUUAUAAGCAAGUUACAUCUUUUUAUAAACAAGUUACAUCUUUUUAUAAGCAAGUUACAUCUUUUUAAAAGCGAGUUACAUAUAUAUUGAUGGAUAGUCUACCCGGGGGUGUAUAUCCGAAGGGUUAUUACGGGGAAUAACUUAGAGAGAAGUCAGAGCAAGUAAGUAAGAGUAGAGAGAGAGUGUAUUCAGUAUGAAUGCCGUUUUCAGCGUGGUUUACAAUGGGGGAAAGGAGUGCUAUUUAUAGUAGUAAUAAAUGCCAGAUAAGGACACGUGUCAGUUUUCUGGUGGUCGAGGGGUCACCUCAACCGGGGUGGCACUGACACUCGCAUGUGGCCGCAUUAAAUGCGGUGGUUGGAGGUGACGUUUGUACUUGGUACGGUGAUCCAGGCGCAUGUGAACAGGAUAUUCUGUCGGGGUGGAUGCCUUCGGCUGAAGGGUGCUGGGCCGAAGGCUCUUCCAACCGAGGGCUCCUACCUGCCGAGGGCUGGAGUUGCCGAAGGCUUGGUUUUCAAGCCUUGUUCUCCUAUGAUGUUUCUGAGCUCGAUUCUGUCACUAGUAGCCUUCGGCCAUGGGGCCGAAGGCACUCCUUUGCGUAUCGUGGGCUGCUUAGAGCUCCAUUUUUCUGGGCUUGGCCCGUUUGGGCCUGUUGGGCCUGAUUGUAGUAGAGGAAGUAUGUGGGUCGGGGGUCCCUGGGCCAUAUACUCCAUCAGGAGUCCCCCACUCCUUUUGCCGAAAGGUACUUGAGGGAAAAGGAGUAGCUGUGGUGAUUUCCCCGAAGGCUUCCCUGUUCUGUUGGGUGCCUCAUUUUCUCAAUUCCCCCAUAUGUCGAGGGCUGAGAGCUUCCUGAAGGGAGUGUAAGUGUGUUGCUCGUAUGUGUUUCUUUGUUGUAGUUUGUAAAGUAAUGAGAGAUCUGCAUUUGUGUGCUUUGCUGAGGGCAUUUGUUGACUGAAGGCUUUGUGUGGCCGAAGGCAUCAUGUGGCCGAAGGCAUCAUGUGGCCGAAGGCAUCAUGUGGCCGAAGGCAUCAUGUGACCGAAGGCAUCAUGUGGCCGAAGGCAUCAUGUGGCCGGAGGCAUCAUGUGGCCGAAGGCAUCAUGUGGCCGAAGGCAUUGUGUGGCCGAAGACAUCAUGUGGCCGGAGGCAUUGUGUGGCCGGAGGCAUUCUGUAAGCCGAAAGCAUCAUGUCGAGGGGAGUAGAUUGCCGUUGUGAUCUUGCCUCAGCUUGUUGUAGCUGAGAAAUAGAAAAUUUUUAACAUUUGCGUGUUUUGCCGAGGGGAGUACCCCAGUCCCCCACUCCUUUUCCCGAGAGUUUCUCGAGGGAAACAGGAGUAGAGUGAUGCAUGCCUUCAGCAGGAGCCGCCGAGGGGUGACGCCUUUUGUUCCACAAUGAGGAGAUGCCUCGUUAAAAACCUCAUUAGGAAAAAACCCUGUGGGGAAAAAAAUCCUACUGAGGGAAAAAGAGUACACCGGAUGCCCCCAGAAUGAAGCAAAAGGAAUGCACCCUUCGGCCUAGAUUUUUGAGCGAUGGUUGUGUCCGUCUGUUGAGGGGAUAUCGAAGACCAGCCUUAGAUCCUGCAUGAAAAAGCUGAGGAGCUUGUAAGGACCCCCCGUUAUCAAAUAAAGGUGACGGAGGGGUGCAAGGCCAGGUGAGCCUGUGUGAGAGCCCCUGGCAUCAAAUACAGAUGCCGGAGGGAUGGAGACCGAGGGGCCUGUGUGAUUGCCCCCGACAUCAAAUAAAUAUGCCGGAGGGGUGAAG